UUUCACUUUCUUUAAGGAUGGAAAGAAAACCAAAAUUACUUGUUUUUGACCUAGAUUACACGUUGUGGCCUUUUUGGAUUGACACGCACUAUGAUGCACCUUUCAAGAAAAUAAGCAAAACAGAUGUCAAAGAUCGACAUGGAAAUAAUGUGCCUUAUUAUGAAGCUGUACCUAGGAUUUUAGAAAAGCUGAAGAGAGAUGGAUUUAAAGUGGGUGUGGCCUCAAGAACAUCUUGCACCAGUGAAGCAAAGGAGUUAAUCAAAUGCUUUGAAUGGGAUCAGUACUUUGACUAUGUACAAAUUUAUCCAGGAACCAAAACAACCCACCUAACACAGAUUAAAAAAGACAGUGGAAUUGGGUUUCAGGACAUGAUUUUCUUUGAUGAUGAACACAGAAACAUACGUGAUGUAUCAAAAUUAGGUGUGACAUGCUUUUUUGUUCAUGAAGGAGUCACUAAUGAAGUUAUACGCUGUGGAUUGGAAAACCAUAAAAGCGGUGUCAUACACAAUCUAUGAUGUAGAAAAUAUUAAGAUCCCAUCCAUUGAUAAAUCAGAACUUCAAUUAAGAGCAGGUCUCCAAGUUUUAUUUAACAAAAUUAUUGUAUAUAUUUUCUAUUUAUUGACAUGCACUUAUCAAUAUAAUAUUUUUCAGGGAAAAAAUUUGUUUGCAUUUAUAUAUUCUAAUUAUUUACAUUGUGUUUUUUAGCUCUCCAGAGCUGAAUUAAAGCUCAGGUGAUCUUUUCUGAUUACCAUUUGUCUGGUGUUCAUCCAACUGUCUGUUCAUCUGGUUGUCCAUUUUAAGUUCUUGGUCCAUCCUGUCUGUCUGUAAACUUUUCACAUUUUCAACUACUCCUGUAGAGCCACUGAGCCAAUUUUAACCAAAGUUGCCACAAAGCAUCCUUUGGUAAAGGGGAAUUUAAAUUAUUCAAAUGAAGGACCAAGCCCUCUUACAAAGGGAGAUAAUCAAAAAAGGCAAAAAUAGGUUGGGAUCAUUCAAAAAUCUUCUUCUCAAGAACCAGAACCACACGGCCAGAAAAGGUGAAACUGUUAUGGAAGCUUCCCCGAGAAAGUGUAAAUUCUAAAUUGUUCAAAUCAUGACCCCCAGGUUUAGGGUGGGGCCACAAUAGGGGAUGAAAGUUUUACAUUGAAAUAUAUAAGAAAAGUCUUUUAAAAUCUUCUCAAGAACCACUGGGCUCAAAAAAUGAAACUUAUGUAAAAGCUUCCAGACAUAUUGAAGAUUGUAAAUUGUUCAAAUCAUGGACCCUUUGGGUCCAUAAUAAAAGAUCAAAUUUUUACAUUGAAAUAUAUACGAAAAAAUCUUUAAAAAAUAAUCUUCUCAAGAACCACUGGACCAGAAAAGGGGAAACUUAUAUGAAGGCUUCCUAAGGUAGUGUAAAUUCUAAAUUCUUCAACUCAUGGUCCCCGGGGGUAGCGUGGGGCCACAAUAGGGGAUCAAAAUUUCUUAAGGAACUAAAUAAGGAAUUUUUUUAAAAAUCUUCUAAAGAAACCAUUAAUUUGCAAACAUACUCAAGUUGUGUGAAUUAAUUUUUUUAUUUAUUUUUUAUUUUUCAUCAUGGCUAAAAUCAGGAUCAAAUUUUACAAAAUGCAUAUAUACAGGAAAAGAAUUUUCUUGGCCAUAACUGAAAGGCCAUUUUGUAGUCAUAUUGAUUUUGGAGCAUCCCCAUGGUGUGUGGACUCAGAGGCUCCAAGAGUUAAGGUGAUGCCAUGAUAUCGGGUGACCGUCUCAAUUUUUCAAGGAAAAUACAUGUAUACAAUAUAAUUUUUAAGAUCUUCUGAAGAACUAAAGUUAAUCAGGUGAGCAUUGUGGCCCUUGGGCCUUUUGUUUUUAAUUAAUCCUUUUUUUUUGAAAAAAUAAUACAUAUGUACCAUCUUGUACAAGAUACAUUUGUGUGAUAUUAUAUUUCUGUAUAUAAAAUGCAUCAAUGCAUCUGUAUUUUAUUUGAAAUCAUGAAAAUAAAAUAUUUUAACAGAGUGA